AUGAGGUCAGAAGCCUUGCUGCUAUAUUUCACACUGCUACACUUUGCUGGGGCUGGUUUCCCAGAAGAUUCUGAGCCUAUCAGUAUUUCGCAUGGCAACUACACAAGACAGUAUCCGGUGUUUGUGGGUCACAAACCAGGGCGGAACACCACGCAGAGGCACCGGCUGGACAUCCAGCUUGUCAUGGUCAUGAACAGGACACUCUACGUUGCUGCUAGGGAUCAUAUUUAUACUGUUGAUAUGGACACAUCACAUACAGAAGAAAUUUAUUUUAGCAAGAAAUUGACAUGGAAAUCUAGACAAGCUGAUGUAGACACAUGCAGAAUGAAGGGAAAACAUAAGGAUGAAUGUCAUAAUUUUAUUAAAGUUCUCCUAAAAAGGAACGAGGAUACACUGUUUAUCUGUGGAACAAAUGCAUUCAACCCUUCUUGCAGGAACUACAAGAUGGAUACCUUGGACUAUCUGGAAGAGGAAUUCAGUGGAAUGGCCAGGUGCCCCUAUGACGCAAAGCAUGCCAACGUUGCGUUGUUUGCAGAGGGAAAGCUGUAUUCUGCCACAGUGACCGACUUCCUCGCAAUAGAUGCGGUCAUAUACCGGAGCCUGGGAGACAGCCCAACCCUGCGGACAGUUAAACAUGACUCCAAGUGGUUGAAAGAGCCGUACUUUGUUCAGGCAGUUGACUAUGGCAAUUACAUAUACUUCUUCUUCCGGGAAAUAGCAGUGGAGUACAACAGCAUGGGAAAGGUAGUUUUCCCAAGGGUGGCCCAGGUUUGCAAAAAUGACAUGGGAGGAUCUCAGAGAGUGCUGGAAAAACAGUGGACUUCCUUUCUCAAGGCUCGGCUGAACUGCUCAGUUCCUGGCGACUCACACUUCUACUUUAACAUACUGCAGUCGGUUACAGAUGUUAUCCAUUUCAAUGGCCGGGAUGUUGUUUUAGCUACAUUCUCCACUCCAUAUAAUAGCAUUCCUGGCUCUGCAGUCUGUGCCUAUGACAUGCUUGACAUUGCCAAUGUAUUUACUGGGAGAUUCAAAGAACAAAAGUCUCCAGACUCCACAUGGACACCAGUUCCUGAUGAACGAGUGCCCAAGCCCAGGCCUGGUUGCUGUGCUGGCUCUACAUCAUUAGAAAAAUAUGUAACAUCUAAUGAGUUCCCAGAUGAUACCCUGAACUUCAUCAAAACACAUCCACUGAUGGACGAGGCUGUACCUUCCAUUGUCAACCGACCCUGGUUCCUGAGAACAAUGGUCAGAUAUCGCCUGACCAAAAUUGCUGUUGACUCUGCUGCUGGGCCAUAUCAGAACUAUACCGUGGUUUUCUUGGGGUCAGAGAAGGGAAUCAUCCUGAAGUUCUUGGCACGGACAGGAAACACUGGUUUCCUAAAUGACAGCCUUUUCCUGGAGGAAAUCAAUGUUUACAACCCUGAAAAGUGCAGCUACGACGGCAUGGAGGACAAGCGGAUCAUGGGCAUGCAGCUUGACAAGCCCAGCAGCGCCCUGUACGUCGCCUUCUCCACCUGUGUCAUCAAGGUGCCCCUGGGACGCUGCGAGCGUCACGGCAAGUGCAAAAAGGCCUGCAUAGCAUCCAGGGACCCAUACUGCGGAUGGGUGAAGGAGAGCGGGGUGUGCACGCAGCUGGUCCUUGGCUCCAAACUGUCAUUUGAACAGGACAUAGAACGUGGCAAUACAGAUGGCCUGGGUGACUGCCAAAAUUCCUUCGUAGCCCUGAAUGACAUUUCAACUGCUCCACCUGAUCAAAAAAUGUCUUACUACACAGUGUAUGGACACUCCAGUUCCCUAGUCCCAAGCACCACCACUUCUGACUCUCGCGCUCGACAGGGUUAUGAUGCUAGGGGACGCAUGCUGGAUUGGAAGGAUCCGCUUGGUUCAUCUGAAAAUACAGAUCCAUAUGUGGCAGUUUCAUCCCAUAAUCAUCAAGACAAGAAGGGAGUGAUUCGGGAGAGUUACCUGAAAGGUCAUGAUCAGCUGGUGCCAGUCACCCUGUUGGCCAUUGCUGUUAUUCUUGCUUUUGUCAUGGGGGCUGUGUUUUCGGGAAUCGUAGUGUACUGCAUCUGCGACCACCGCCGCAGAGACAUGGCUGCCGUUCAGAGGAAGGAGAAGGAGCUCACCCACUCCCGCCGCGGCUCCAUGAGCAGUGUUUCCAAGCUCAGUGGCCUCUUUGGGGAUGCUCAGUCCAAGGAGCCAAAGCCUGAAGCUAUCCUCACGCCUCUGAUGCACAAUGGCAAGCUGGCUACCCCAGGCAGCACUGCCAAGAUGCUGAUCAAAGCUGACCAGCACCAUCUGGACCUGGCUGCCCUGCCAACCCCGGAGUCCACCCCAACCCUGCAGCAGAAGAGAAAGCCCAGACGAGGCAGUAGGGAAUGGGAGAGAAACCAGAACCUCAUCAAUGCCUGCACAAAAGACAUCCCUUCGAUGGCCUCACCAGUGAUACCAACUGACCUGCCGCUCAGGGCUUCUCCCAGCCACAUCCCCAGUGUUGUUGUCCUGCCCAUAGCCCAGCAAGGCUACCAGCACGAGUAUGUUGACCAGCCAAAAAUGAGCGAUGGAGCUCAGAUGUCUGUGGAGGACCAGAAUGCCACCCUUGAGUACAAAACUAUCAAGGACCACCUCAGUAGCAAAAGCCCCAGCCAUGGAGUUAACCUGGUGGAAAAUCUCGACAGCAUGCCACCAAAAGUCCCCCAGCGGGAGGCUUCCCUGGGGCCCCCGGGCACCUCGCUGUCACAGAGCGGGCUGAGCAAGCGGCUGGAGAUGCACUCCUCUGCUUACAACGUGGACUACAAGAGAAGCUACCCCACAAACUCACUCACGAGAAGUCAUCAGGCAUCAACCCUCAAAAGAAACAACACUAACUCCUCCAACUCAUCCCACCUGUCCCGCAAUCAGAGCUUCGGCCGGGGUGACAACCCGCCACCAGCCCCGCAGCGAGUGGACUCCAUACAGGUCCAUGCUGCCCAGGCACAGGCUGUGACUGUGUCCCGGCAGCCGAGCCUCACUGCCUACAACUCCCUGACGAGGUCAGGCUUGAAACGCACGCCCUCGCUAAAGCCAGACGUACCUCCCAAACCUUCCUUUGCUCCGCUCUCCGCAUCCAUGAAGCCCAAUGAUGCGUGUACAUAAUCAGAGGGGAAGGGGGAGUGGGAGGAGGAUGGCAAUUAAGCAGAAGUUGCCCUUGAAAGCCAGUGUUCUGCAACUGUUAUCACUCGCUCCUCUGAGAAGACGGUUGUUGCAAGCUGAAGAUGUGUUGGAUUUCUGCUCUCUGGGAAAAGUGGAAUAUUUUUUUAAACCCGAGCCAUAUGACCCAUGGUUGAAGGUUUGCAACUGCAGGAUUCACCCCCACAGCCUGCCAGUUCUUUGCUCAAAAGACUAACCCUCCAUCAAAAACAUUGAGCCAAAAGCACACAGGUGAAAAUGACUGUGACAUUUCACCCCCUGCCCCUAACUGCACAGCGCAUUCCUGAACUGGUAAAGAGCGCUCUGAAAAGCAAAACACAUGUAAAAAAACAUACAAAUGUAAAAAA